UCAGUCAAACUGUGUUCUACGCCGAGUCAGUUACACUUGCAGACGACUAGUUCACAGAAGUCUUCAUUGUGUUGUGCAUCUUUUCCGCAUGGAUGAAUUAGUGGAAGUAUAGGUAUUCGAUAUUCGGUAGUGAGAGACGACCGGUAAGGUUGAAAUUGUGCCGACAAAGUACAGAUAUUCAUCAAAUAUUAUGGACGACUAUAUUAAAACUUACUUUCAAAUAGGAUUAAGUCACAAAGAAAUCUUGGCAUGUCUUCUAGAAGACGGUUACAUUCUAAGUUUACGUCAUUUGCGAAGGCAUCUAAGACGACUUCGUUUAUUUAGAAAAAAGAUUUACACGGACAUUAAUAUUCUAGUAGAAUUUCUGGAAACACAAAUAUCGACACACGGCCAGCUGCACGGCUACCGGUGGAUGCACCUUAAGUGCCUUCAGCACGGAUUUGUUGUAACUCAAAAUACAGUCAGAGAACUGCUACGCACUUUGGAUCCCGAUGGAGUUACACUACGUCAGCGUCGUCGGCUACGAAGGAGACAAUACUACAAUAAAGGGCCAAAUUUUCUCUGGCAUACCGAUUGUUAUGACAAAUUGAAACCAUUUGGAAUUUGUAUAACAGGCUGCAUAGACGGAUUUUCUCGUUAUAUUAUUUGGUUGGAAGUUGGCCCAAAUACCAACGACCCCUCGGUAAUUGCUUAUCAUUUUAUGCAAGCAGUUACAACUAGAAGUGGAUGUCCGCAGACUUUGCGCGCCGAUUUGGGUACUGAAAAUGUCAUCAUUGAACGAAUACAGACCAAUCUAAAACUGGAUGGACCGGAUGCGCUAUCACACCUUCCGGGAUUUUUAUAUGGAACUAGUCAUGCAAAUCAACGCAUAGAAGCGUGGUGGUCAACCUUACGGAAACAUCACUCCCAAUUUUGGAUGAAUGUUUUUCAUACUUUGAAAGAUGAGGGCUCAUUUUCAGGAAGUUUAUUGGAUAAAUCACUCAUACAAUUUUGCUUCUUGGACAUUAUAAAGGAGGAACUUGAUUUGGUUGCCCUGGAAUGGAAUACACUUAGAAUAACGCGUUCUAGAAAUAGCAUUGCACCUUAUGGACGACCAUUCAUGAUGUAUAAUAGACCUCAAGAUUUCAUGUCCAUCGACUACUUACAUCCUGUAAGCACAGAGAUGAGAGAUCUUUGGUUGGAAACAAUACCCAAGCCUAGAAACACUUCAGAUUAUGACGUGUACCAGUUAGCUGCGAUAAUUAUGGAGGAGGAAGGAUGGGUCAAGACCAACAACGUAGAAGCAGCUAUAGAAUUAUACAAAAAUUUGAGACAGAAGUUUUUCAAUGUUAUUCUAGUAUAAAAUG